GCUACAGAGCACCAUACCAGCUAUCAAAAUGGCGACUCACUUGGCUCGUGAACCUAAUGUGUGAUGGUACUUGACACUGUUUAAGUGGAGCAAAUUUAUUAGUAACAAUGUUGUUGUCAAAACUGAAAUACUUGAAAGAAGAAGAAAAGGCUUUAAAGGACAUAGAGAUGAUGAUCAAGGAGCAGAUCAAUCGUUUGAAGCAAGAGGAGCUUUAUCUGAAUAGCCUUCUGAGGAACUCCAGUGAGAAAGGCAACCCAGCAUUUUCAUUGUCACUGAGUCAACCAAAGCAGAAAGACUUAUUGGAUGUUGAUAACGCUGUGAACAAAGUACCACUGGAUGACCUUCAGUCAGCUUCACAUCGACAGCUUCAUGCAAAUGACCUUGAGGAUGCUGAAGAAGAUGACGAGGAGGAAGAGAUGGACUCUGGAGACGACCGGGGAAGCCAAGAGGAGAACAAAAUCAACAAGGAUCUCAUGGCACUGAUGCGACAGAUGCAAGGAGAGGAGUACUACGAAGAUGAUUCUUGAGAUUGUCACCUUGGAGAUGGGAAAAGGGGAUCAACAAAACGUUGCCAGCACAGGGAAGGGGAAUUAUUUAGAGAGAUGCAAAAAAGACAUUGUGUGAAGAUCUCAUGAAGUGUUACUGUUUGAUACUUCUGAGGAGAGAGUACUUUUGAGAGAAGUGGAGGCUAGAUGUGCGUUUCAGAGUUGAUUUGACAGUAGGGAAGAGUAAAUGAAAAGCUGUUCAACUCAGCUUGAACUGAUUCUAUGAACAGACUCAAAAGAUGCGUUGCCAUGGAGACAAGCCAACAGCUGGGAAUGAGCGCAUUGUGUUGCCAGGAUAGUAGUAGGAAAAAAUGAAGAUCUGUGUUGUCCAAGUUCUUGAUGUGUCACAUCGAAAAUGACACUGGGACAGCGAGAGACGGAGAAAGAAACUGACAUACUGCCAUGUACUUACGACCAGGAUGUUACAUGGGAAAUUGUAAGCAAGGAAAUUGGCAUUUACGAGUCUUGUAAAACAAGAAGUUGGUAUCUGGGCAACUGGUUACACUGCACACAGAAGACAUGUUGCCGUCACCAAGGUGGGGUGUGGGCAUUAUGUGGGAGGCAUGUAGGUAAUACCAUUCAGCUGGAAGGCCACAACCAAUUAAAUUGUACCUCGAGGAUUAUUCUGCUACCUCUAGGCCCAUAAUGACCACUAAAAAGAAAACGUAAAGCAACUCUAAGAGACCAAUCCAAGAAUAAAGAAAUUACACAAGACUGUCAGUGUU